AGCUAAAAUUAGUAGAGUAUCUGCCAAGUGUUGGGCCAUCAACAACUUCCUCCUUCAAAACUUUUUUUCUUAGUUUUUUGUAAUUCUGAAAAUUCCAAGAGAGUUUGAUUGUCCCCUUGUGAUUUCAUUGUCAUUGUAAAGCAAUCAAGUUCUUUAUUAUUGUGGUAUCGAAAUUGCUCAGAUUCAAUUCGAUUUCCUAUUUUUCAGUACUUGAAUCCCCUCAUGCUGUGAUUCAACAACUGCACAAUGCAAUUUGGCGUUUAAUCGAGGGUAACUUUGAUCUCCCUUUUAGGUUUAUUGGAACCUCAUUUCAGAAAUUACGAUUCAUUGAUCCAUCUCUGGUUUAUGUCCAAGCAUGCCGGCGUUAGAGGAAUUCAGGCAGAUAGGAGAGGUAAUUGGGAGUCUUAAAGCUCUAAUGGUAUUCCAAGAUGACAUACAAAUAAAUAAAAAACAAUGUUGUUUGUUGGUGGAUAUGCUAAAAUGUGCCUACAAGACAGUUGCAGAAACAAUGAAACAGAACUUGAGAUUUGAAGAGAAGAAUAUCAAAUGGAAAAUUCUCGAGAACCCCUUAAGAGAGCUUCUCAGGGUGUUUAAAGAAGCGGAACAGUACAUCAAGCAAUCCCUGGAAAAUAAGGAUUUUUGGGCAAAAGCUGUAGUUCUAUAUAAGAAUACAGAUUGUAUUGAAUUUCACAUCCACAAUUUGCUCUCUUGUGUGCCAAUUGUCAUAGAGGCCAUAGAAAUAGCAGGAGAGAUUUCAGGUAGUGACCAUGACGAGAUACAGAAGAAGAGAUUCAUUUACUCCAUGAAGUAUCAGAAAGAGUGUAAGGACCCACGAAUCUUCCAAUGGAAAUUCGGAGAACAGUACAUGGUUUCUCAGAAGUUCUGCGAAGGGGUAUGCUCAGUUUGGAAUGAAGACAAGUGGAUUUUGAAAAAUAAAAUUCGAGAGAAGAAGAAUUCAGGUGCAUGUACUUUGACAAAGCAUGAGAAACGACUUGCUGAUCUCCUCUUGAAGAACUUAAACGAGAUGGAGAUGGAGAUGGAGAGUGAUCAUAAGCUUUCACCUAGCUCAGUUCUUGUAAAUUCUAAGGAUUACCAGGUAAGAAGACGAUUAGGUAGUGGAAGUCAGUACAAGGAGAUCCAAUGGUUGGGGGAGACCUUUUGUUUAAGGCAUUUGUUUGGGGAUAUUAAGCCCCUGAUUCCAGAUAUUUCGCGAGAACUGCAUCUCUCUCAUCCAAAUAUAAUGCACAUCUCCUGUGGUUUUACUGAUGAAGAAAAGAGAGAAUGUUUCUUAAUCAUGGAACUUAUGAGCAAAGAUUUAUCUAGUUACAUCAAAGAGAUCUGUGGACCAAGAAAGCGUGUACCCUUUUCUCUUCCCGUUGCAAUCGAUUUACUCCUUCAGAUUGCAAGAGGCAUGGAAUAUCUACACUCAAAGAAAAUCUAUCAUGGUGAAUUGAGUCCUUCCAACGUCCUUGUCAAGGCGAGGAACGUCUCUACAGAAGGGUAUUUACAUGCAAAGGUUUGUGGGUUUGGCUCAUCGUGUUCUAUCAACCUUCCUCAGAAAGCUAAUGUGAAUCAAAAUAAUGGGACACUCCCAUUCAUUUGGUUUUCCCCAGAAGUCCUAGCUGAACAAGAGCAGUCAGGGAAUGGAGGAAACAUCAAGUAUACCGAGAAAUCUGAUGUGUACAGUUUUGGGAUGAUAUGUUUUGAGGUUUUAACAGGGAAAGUUCCAUUUGAAGAUAGCCAUCUACAAGGAGACAAAAUGAGUAGAAAUAUAAGAGCAGGAGAGAGGCCAUUAUUCCCAUUUCACUCACCAAAAUAUGUGACUAGCUUGACAAAGAGGUGUUGGCAUACUGAUCCAUAUCAACGGCCAAGUUUUUCAUCCAUCUGCAGGGUUCUACGCUAUGUGAAGAGAUUCUUGGUGAUGAAUCCUGAACACAGCCAACAAGACUCACCAUUGCCACCAGUAGACUACGGCGAGAUUGAAGCUGUCAUCUUAAGGAGCUUCCCCUUAGGAAAUUGUGAAUCUGAUCCUCUGCCUGUCACACAAAUACCUUUCCACAUGUUUGCAUACAGGGUGACCGAGAAAGAAAAGUCAAGCACAAUUCACAGAGACGUAAAUUCUGAAUCAGGAAGUGAUGGAACUUCUGCAUGUGGGGAUGAUCCUGUAACGGCAGAUGAUGCACUUCCAUCACCAACUGAAAAGAAGAAUAUUGCAUCUCCCGAGAUAUUGAUCAAGAGACUUUCAAUUAGGAAACCUGCCGAUAUCAAAGUCGGCAAGCAACCAGGAACACCAAGGGGAAGGACAGUAAGACCUCCAAGCAUACGUACUAUAAGGCAAAAUUCUGAAAGUCAGUUAAUGAUGAUGAACAGCCCAAGCCCAAGAACACGGAGAUCAUCUGGCCACGCAUCAGAUUCGGAGCUCCCUUAACUAAUUUCCAAGUGAUCCAACAUUUUAUAAGACAUUCUGUUCCAACCUGAUCAACAAAAAUAACAUGGUUGCAGUCUCAGAUAUUCAUGGUUGUUACUCGUUUUGUGUAAUACAUACCUCCCUAAAUAUUGGGAAGUGUUCAAAACAGAAGCAUUCAGAAGCUGAAAAGCUCCUUACUGAUCCUCAUUUGUCAGACAAGGUUUACAACCCUGAACAGUGUGAGAUUUGAAAGGGUUAUACGACACGAACUUAGCUCCCUCAUUCAGCUUGUGAAGAUUAUUGAGGAGCCAUUUGUACAAUUUUGGCUAAAAAGUUUCUUUUUUUUUGUUUCGGAGAAAAAAAGUUUUUCACAAAAAGCUCUAAAUGGACAGUUGUAGUUUUUGAAAGUUACAAGUAUUUUGCGAGUGCGAGAUGUUUUUCUUUUUUUGUUAAAAAAGUAUCAUUUGUGCCUCUUUAGAUACAGUGACGAAUUCAGAAUUUAAAAAAAUUAUGAAUGCUCACGAAUAGAAUAUAUCAACUUCCAAUAUUAUUUUAUAUAUACAUAUAUAAAAUUUCUGUGCUGAAUUAAUGGAUAUGCUUGAGCAUCCAAUACUCUAUACGUGGGUCCGCCCUGAGUUAGUUAUCCUAAGUGCAUAAAGAAGAAAUCAACCUAAACAUCAUUUUGCAUAGAAUAAAAUGGACACUGAGCUCAGUAGAUUAUAUGUCAAUGGAUGUAGUUGGAGAAGCUGAUAAAUAUUAUGAUAUAUAAAGUGAUAUAGAAGCAAUAGUAAAGGUAAGUUACCUUGUCAUGGAUUGAGAAUCGUCCGACUUUGUGGAAAUUCUUUGUGAGCUUGAGUAUCAAGAAUAUCAGAGGUCUGAUUUGUGGGAGAGAGAAAAUUGAGCACGAUUGAGAAGUAGUAGCGUGAUAAACACGGUAGAUUAUUUUAUAGGCUAAAAAUAAGGAAGGUGGGUCUGUUAUCAGAAAUUUCUCUAUUCCCCAGAAUGGGAUAGAAGACCAAAAAAUUGCCCUAUUUCUUUGUUUUUGUGUUCAAGCUACUGGGUAUCCAAGUUGCAUCAUCUUAUAACAAGUUUCCAAAACAGUUAUAGUUACAAAAUUAUUAGAAUACAGAAAUGGAUGAAUCUGCUGCAACCAAGGGAGUGGAGUUAGAAGAACAUUUGGUGGAUACAGAUGAAGAAGACAAUGGCGAUGAAAAUUCAAGGACGUUGUUCUUUAAAGAGCUGAAUCUCAUUCUAAUUAUCUCGUUUCUUUCGUUAUCAUCUGAACAAGUUGAUUUUGAUGCAUCUGAGACAAAUGAAAAUGUCAAAGCUAACCAAGAACACAAAGUUGUUUCUGCUUCACGUUUAAGAAAACGGGGAGGAAUCAAUAAAUACAGGGCUAGUGAACAAGAAACUCAGAGAGUCUCAACCAAGUUUAGAGAUUGCAGGCAUCGUCGAAAAAUCUGAAAGAAAUCAACAUCCAGCAAAGCUUGUAGCAACAGAUGUUACCAAAAGGUUUGCAGCAAGGCCAUAGAAGCUAUUUUCAUAGUCCCUUGAGAACAUACAUGUAAAAUAGUAGUACUAUAAGUAGAACUGGUAAUUCCCACUUUAGCAAAUACAGCUCUUUGUUUUUUCUUUUCAUUUGCUUCUGCUAUCAUAUGUAUAUUUCAGUAAAAUGCUCCUUAUCAGAAA